AUGAAAGAAGAGAUCGCCGCCGCCGUGUUCUUUGUGGCGCGACUCGUGAAAAGAUACGGAGCCGUGGACCACGAGGCCCGGGACCGGUUCGCCGCAGCUCUCACCUCCGUGAUGUUCGAGAGCUACAAAAACCACUGGCACGUGAACGCACCCAGCAAAGGACAAGCCUACAGGUCAGUGAACGCACCAUCAGAGGACAGAGGACAGGUCAGUGAAGGCACCAUCAGAGCACAGGUCAGUGAAGGCACCAUCAGAGGACAGGGACAGGUCAGUGAAGGCACCAUCAGAGGACAGGUCAGUGAAGGCACCAUCAGAGGACAGGUCAGUGAAGGCACCAUCAGAGGACAGGGACAGGUCAGUGAAGGCACCAUCAGAGGACAGGGACAGGUCAGUGAAGGCACCAUCAGAGGACAGGGACAGGUCAGUGAAGGCACCAUCAGAGGACAGGGACAGGUCAGUGAAGGCACCAUCAGAGGACAGGGACAGGUCAGUGAAGGCACCAUCAGAGGACAGGGACAGGUCAGUGAAGGCACCAUCAGAGGACAGGGACAGGUCAGUGAAGGCACCAUCAGAGGACAGGGACAGGUCAGUGAAGGCACCAUCAGAGGACAGGGACAGGUCAGUGAAGGCACCAUCAGAGGACAGGUCAGUGAAGGCACCAUCAGAGGACAGGUCAGUGAAGGCACCAUCAGAGGACAGGUCAGUGAAGGCACCAUCAGAGGACAGGUCAGUGAAGGCACCAUCAGAGGACAGGUCAGUGAAGGCACCAUCAGAGGACAGGUCAGUGAAGGCACCAUCAGAGGACAGGUCAGUGAAGGCACCAUCAGAGGACAGGUCAGUGAAGGCACCAUCAGAGGACAGGUCAGUGAAGGCACCAUCAGAGGACAGGUCAGUGAAGGCACCAUCAGAGGACAGGUCAGUGAAGGCACCAUCAGAGGACAGGUCAGUGAAGGCACCAUCAGAGGACAGGUCAGUGAAGGCACCAUCAGAGGACAGGUCAGUGAAGGCACCAUCAGAGGACAGGUCAGUGAAGGCACCAUCAGAGGACAGGUCAGUGAAUGCACCAUCAGAGGACAGGUCAGUGAAGGCACCAUCAGAGGACAGGUCAGUGAAGGCACCAUCAGAGGACAGGUCAGUGAAGGCACCAUCAGAGGACAGGGCAGUGAAGGCACCAUCAGAGGACAGGGCAGUGAAGGCACCAUCAGAGGACAGGGCAGUGAAUGCACCAUCAGAGGACAGGUCAGUGAAGGCACCAUCAGAGGACAGGUCAGUGAAGGCACCAUCAGAGGACAGGUCAGUGAAGGCACCAUCAGAGGACAGGGCAGUGAAGGCACCAUCAGAGGACAGGGCAGUGAAGGCACCAUCAGAGGACAGGGCAGUGAAUGCACCAUCAGAGGACAGGGCAGUGAAUGCACCAUCAGAGGACAGGGCAGUGAAUGCACCAUCAGAGGACAGGGCAGUGAAGGCACCAUCAGAGGACAGGGCAGUGAAUGCACCAUCAGAGGACAGGGCAGUGAAUGCACCAUCAGAGGACAGGGCAGUGAAUGCACCAUCAGAGGACAGGGCAGUGAAUGCACCAUCAGAGGACAGGGCAGUGAAUGCACCAUCAGAGGACAGGGCAGUGAAUGCACCAUCAGAGGACAGGGCAGUGAAUGCACCAUCAGAGGACAGGGCAGUGAAUGCACCAUCAGAGGACAGGGCAGUGAAUGCACCAUCAGAGGACAGGGCAGUGAAUGCACCAUCAGAGGACAGGGCAGUGAAUGCACCAUCAGAGGACAGGGCAGUGAAUGCACCAUCAGAGGACAGGGCAGUGAAUGCACCAUCAGAGGACAGUGGCAAGGACAGGGCAGUGAAUGCACCAUCAGAGGACAGGGCAGUGAAUGCACCAUCAGAGGACAGGGCAGUGAAUGCACCAUCAGAGGACAGGGCAGUGAAUGCACCAUCAGAGGACAGGGCAGUGAAUGCACCAUCAGAGGACAGGGCAGUGAAUGCACCAUCAGAGGACAGGGCAGUGAAUGCACCAUCAGAGGACAGGGCAGUGAAUGCACCAUCAGAGGACAGGGCAGUGAAUGCACCAUCAGAGGACAGGGCAGUGAAUGCACCAUCAGAGGACAGGGCAGUGAAUGCACCAUCAGAGGACAGGGCAGUGAAUGCACCAUCAGAGGACAGGGCAGUGAAUGCACCAUCAGAGGACAGGGCAGUGAAUGCACCAUCAGAGGACAGGGCAGUGAAUGCACCAUCAGAGGACAGGGCAGUGAAUGCACCAUCAGAGGACAGGGCAGUGAAUGCACCAUCAGAGGACAGGGCAGUGAAUGCACCAUCAGAGGACAGGGCAGUGAAUGCACCAUCAGAGGACAGGGCAGUGAAUGCACCAUCAGAGGACAGGGCAGUGAAUGCACCAUCAGAGGACAGGGCAGUGAAUGCAUGCACCAUCAGAGGACAGGGCAAGGACAGGGCAGUGAAUGCACCAUCAGAGGACAGGGCAGUGAAUGCACCAUCAGAGGACAGGGCAGUGAAUGCACCAUCAGAGGACAGGGCAGUGAAUGCACCAUCAGAGGACAGGGCAGUGAAUGCACCAUCAGAGGACAGGGCAGUGAAUGCACCAUCAGAGGACAGGGCAGUGAAUGCACCAUCAGAGGACAGGGCAGUGAAUGCACCAUCAGAGGACAGGGCAGUGAAUGCACCAUCAGAGGACAGGGCAGUGAAUGCACCAUCAGAGGACAGGGCAGUGAAUGCACCAUCAGAGGACAGGGCAGUGAAUGCACCAUCAGAGGACAGGGCAGUGAAUGCACCAUCAGAGGACAGGGCAGUGAAUGCACCAUCAGAGGACAGGGCAGUGAAUGCACCAUCAGAGGACAGUGGCAGAGAGGACAGGGCAGUGAAUGCACCAUCAGAGGACAGGGCAGUGAAUGCACCAUCAGAGGACAGGGCAGUGAAUGCACCAUCAGAGGACAGGGCAGUGAAUGCACCAUCAGAGGACAGGGCAGUGAAUGCACCAUCAGAGGACAGGGCAGUGAAUGCACCAUCAGAGGACAGGGCAGUGAAUGCACCAUCAGAGGACAGGGCAGUGAAUGCACCAUCAGAGGACAGGGCAGUGAAUGCACCAUCAGAGGACAGGGCAGUGAAUGCACCAUCAGAGGACAGGGCAGUGAACGCACCAUCAGAGGACAGGGCAGUGAACGCACCACGACCAUCCAAGAAGUUGUUUCAGGCUGCGUUCGAUUUCACACAUGCCUCGAGUGUUUGCGUGUGAACAGGGCCCGGCUGCAGGAGCCCAUCCUGCAGAGAGCCUGUGAGCGGAGCCUGGUCCAGUACGAAGACCUGGGACUCCCUCUGGAACUCACUCUGUGGGUGGACCCUGGAGAGGUGUCCUGCAGAUACGGAGAGCACAGCGCCCCCUUCUGUGUGUCUGUGGUAAACGGCGGGCGACGUGCCGACGGUGAUUUCUCGCGGCGCAUUCACGACGCGGUGGAACGGGCGAGUUUGGAGAUCCAGUCUGGGAGCUCGGACGAGGAGGACGCCGCCGAGCUGAGUCUGAGCAGCAGCAGCAGUAACCAGUCCUCUGUCUGUCCCACCCCCAACCCCCCCGAGACCGAGACCAAGACCAUCCCCACCGUCAGCAACCCCAACAGCGUGUACCGGUUCAGCGAGUUUGCCCCUGGAGCCCCGCAGACCUGGCUCACGUACCCGAAGAGGAAGCCCUUCUCUGGGGACGCCUUCCCGCCGCUGCCCCCUCCUUCUGCUCCAGCGCCACAGUUCCCCGUCCAGAAAACCCUCAAGUCGUACCGAGCCUCGUUCACGUUCACCGGGCCCAGAGUCGACAAGAAGUCCCCGACAGCCAAUCAGCGCCGCCGUUGCUGUGACGUGGCUGCAGAUUGUCCUCCUUUCCGGUCGCACAUAUCUUGCCACGAGUUAGCGGCGGUUUCGGAGCGUGUCCAUUUUGAGCAGCGAUCCGACGUUUCUCCACAUUUCAAUUCAUACGUCUUCUUUUGGAGCCGACGCGACAAAAUGGCCGAUUCUGAGACUCUGUUGAUGGAGACGUCGGAUCAGAACGGCGCCGAGGACGAGAACGGAGCCGAGGCCAUGGCGGAAGACAACGACGACGGGAACAAGAUCGACGCCAGCAAAACGGAGGAGGACGCAGGUGUGUCGUGUGUUGGCAGUAAAAUGUUCGUGGGCGGCCUGAGCUGGGACACCAGUAAGAAGGACCUGAAGGACUAUUUCUCCAAGUUUGGGGAAGUGACGGACUGCACCAUCAAAGGAGAACCCAGCUCCGGACGGUCCCGCGGCUUCGGCUUCGUCCUGUUCAAAGACCCGGCCAGCGUGGAGAAGGUGCUGGAGGUGAAGGAGCACAAACUCGACGGGCGCCAGAUUGACCCCAAACGAGCCAUCGCUAUAAAGAAAGAAGGCUCCAAGAAGAUCUUUGUGGGAGGAAUGAAGCCGGAGACGUCGGAAGAGAAAAUCAGGGAAUACUUCGAAGCUUACGGAGAGCUGGACUCCAUAGAACUCCCGAUGGACACAAAGUCACAGAAACGCAGAGGAUUCAUCUUCGUCUCGUUUAAAGAAGAGUCCUGCGUCAAGAAGGUUCUGGAGAAGAAGUUUCACACCAUCGAGAGCAGCACGGUGAGUCCCAGCCGCGGUUAUUUAAGAGGCGGGGAUUCUGGAUCUGCUCCGGAGCGCUCCAGAACUACAGGGUCGAUGCUAAUGUGCUGUCGGUUAAUACGAUUUAAAGAGUAG